UGCGGCUCGUCUGCAGCGAUAGGAGAAAAGAGGAGAGAAAGAGACAACCUCACCUCCUCAAAAAGCGAGUGAGGUAAGGAAAAAGAGCCAGAAAGCGACAGAGAAAGAGCGAGAGGAAGAGAAGAGGCUGUGGAGCUGGAGCUGAACAGCGCCUUGGACCUCCAGCGAGGAGUGCUUAAUUGUCUACGCUUUAUUGUAAAGUGUCUAAUUUUCACACAGAUUCGACAUGUCAUCGUCCGGUAAAGACAACAGUGGUGCCCAACAUGCCAAUUAUGUGGGACCUUACCGUUUGGAGAAGACGCUCGGGAAAGGACAGACAGGUUUGGUCAAGCUCGGAGUCCACUGUGUAACAUGCCAGAAAGUUGCCAUAAAGAUCGUCAACCGGGAGAAACUCAGUGAGUCAGUACUAAUGAAGGUGGAGCGAGAAAUAGCUAUUCUGAAGCUCAUAGAGCACCCGCAUGUUUUAAAGCUACAUGAUGUCUACGAAAAUAAAAAAUACUUGUACCUUGUACUAGAACAUGUGUCUGGUGGUGAGCUGUUUGACUACUUGGUGAAGAAAGGCAGGUUAACACCUAAAGAGGCCAGAAAAUUCUUCAGACAGAUCAUGUCUGCCCUGGAUUUUUGCCACAGUCAUUCCAUAUGCCACAGGGAUCUGAAGCCUGAGAACCUGUUGCUAGAUGAAAAGAACAACAUCAGGAUAGCAGACUUCGGCAUGGCCUCCCUUCAGGUUGGAGACAGUCUGCUUGAAACCAGCUGUGGAUCUCCACACUACGCUUGUCCAGAGGUCAUCAGGGGAGAGAAGUAUGACGGGAGGAAAGCAGACGUCUGGAGCUGUGGGGUCAUUCUUUUUGCUCUGUUGGUGGGUGCCCUGCCGUUUGAUGAUGACAACCUGAGGAAUCUGUUAGAGAAGGUGAAGUUGGGAGUGUUUCACAUGCCACACUUCAUUCCUCCAGACUGUCAGAACCUUCUCCGUGGCAUGAUUGAAGUGGAUGCCUCAAAAAGACUAACGUUAGAACUGAUCCAGAAGCACACAUGGUACAUAGGGGGGAAGAAUGAACCAGAGCCAGAGCAGCCCGUGCCCAGGAAAGUGACCAUCCGCAGUCUACCCUCCGCAGACGACAUCGACCCAGACGUACUGGACAGCAUGCACUCCCUGGGCUGCUUCAGAGACAAAAACAAACUACUGAAAGACCUGCUGUCAGAUGAUGACAACCAAGAAAAGAUGAUCUACUUCCUGUUACUAGACCGUAAGGAAAGGUACCCCAGUCAGGAGGACCAGAACCUUCCCCCUCGCAAUGAGAUUGAUCCCCCAAAGAAGCGGGUAGACUCUCCCAUGUUGAACCGUCAUGGCAAGAGGAGACCGGAGAGGAAGUCCAUGGAGGUCCUCAGUGUCACAGACGGAGGCUCACCUGUACCGGCAAGGAGGGCUAUCGACAUGACGCAGCAUGGACAAAGUAAAUCAGUGUACAGUAAAAGCUUGGAUAUUCCUGACGCCAGUACAAAAUGCAGCAAAGAAGAAAGGUCGCGGUCUAUUAGUGGAGCCUCCUCUGGCCUCUCCACCAGCCCCCUCAGUAGCCCACGGGUUACCCCUCACCCCUCCCCUCGAGGCAGCCCCCUCCCCACCCCAAAGGGCACUCCGGUGCACACUCCCAAGGACAGCCCAGCCGGAACCCCGAACCCAACGCCGCCCCCAAGCCCUUCCAUCGGAGGCAUGCCUUGGAGGACGCGUCUCAACUCCAUCAAGAACAGCUUCCUCGGAUCACCUCGCUUCCACCGCAGGAAACUCCAAGUUCCCACGCAAGAGGAGAUGUCCAGCCUCACACCAGAGUCUUCUCCAGAACUUGCCAAAAAAUCCUGGUUUGGUAACUUCAUCAACCUGGAGAAAGAGGAGCAGAUCUUCAUUGUCAUCAAAGACAAGCCUCUCAGCUCCAUCAAGGCAGACAUCGUUCAAGCCUUUCUCUCGAUCCCCAGCCUGAGCCACAGUGUGAUCUCUCAGACAAGUUUCAGAGCAGAGUACAAGUCCACAGCGGGCCCUACAGUCUUCCAGAAGCCAGUCAAAUUCCAGGUGGAUAUUACCUACACAGAGAGCACAGCUGCCACCAAGGAGAACGGCAUCUACUCUGUCACCUUCACCCUGCUCUCAGGACCCAGCCGGCGCUUCAAGCGAGUAGUGGAGACGAUUCAGAGCCAGUUGUUAAGCACACAUGACCAGCCUGGGGUCCAACAGCUGUCUGACGAGAAGAACGGACAGGUGCCGUACCCUACUGGCACACCAUCCAAGCGCUGCCCCUCGCCCAUGCACGUCCGGAGGCACGAGCCAGAAAAUAAUGACACCAAAUGCCCCGCUGCGGGCCGAGACAGAGCCAAGUUGUCGCUGGCGUCUGUGGGGACUCAGGAGGAGUCUUAGGCUGAGACGCUGUGUAGUCAAGCCAGUGCUAAAACCUAUCCCAGUAUCACUAUAAGCCAGUUGCACAGAGAAUAUUCUCUCUGUACAUAGUUAGAUGUAUAUAAUAAAUUAUGGACAUGUUUUGUAUAAAAUGACUUUAUAUAGAUAGAAAUAGAUUGAGAGAAUCAAAAUGAUAUUUUACAAAAAUGCAUAUUGCACCUACACACUUCUGUCCUUCCAUUCCCCUUUUCAUAACCCCUCAGUGUUCACCAUCAUAAGCCACCCCUCUACCCCAACCAUCUAAUCGCUUGUGGCCCUUGCUCUGUUUUUUGCUCCCUUUGCUGUUAACCUGUGUGAUGACCUGACUUGUUUCUGAUACCAGGAAUUAUCCAGAAAACCUAUUAAGUCCCUCCUCCUGCUCCCUGCUCCGUUCGCCCUCCCUCGACCACCCGGCCCCCACCCCCGAGCGUGCCGAGAGAGACGGACAUUUGUUGACGGAGGACUGCUUUUAGAGGUGCGCUGAGAGAGGGGAUGGGGGUGGGGUGGUUACCAUGGGAACAGACCCUUCAUGCAGACUUCUACCUUCAUCUCCCUGUGUGACCCUUCUUCACCUCUGGCAGCCAUCAGUAGAAGUAAAUGAAAAAUACCUUUAGCGUUUUCCAUCUUAGAAACACAAAAACACACACGUGCACAACUAAUCCAAACAAAUCCCAUUGAAACAAGAAUGCACACUGCCCUCACCAACUGGCCCCUUUUCUUUCUUCGAGCUCAAGGAGCAUUCAUCAAUUGGAAACGAGCGUUUUACAAAAAGACACCGCAUACACAAAACAUAUACACGCACAGGUCCAGUAUGCGAAGAAAACUCUGGGAUGUAUUAACAAGAACAUGAACAACAACAACAACAACAACAACAACAAAAAGAAGACAUGCAGAAACACUGACUGAUUCAGAGGAGGAGAGAAGGUGGAGGAGUUUUGUGGAAAGCCCAAAUAGCCGACGUGGACGCUUGCUGGAUUGUAUUUGUUUGCUUUUUAAUGUACUUUCUUUGUGAAGAACUGGGUUUAAAACACUAACAGACUUUAUUAGACUUGAUACUAUUGCUGCAAAUGGACUGGAAUAGUGAUUUCAGAGAGGAGUGGGGUGUGAGCAGAACAGGGCAGGGUGGCAGUGGGGGAGAAGGUUGGGGGAGGGACGCGGGUGGGUAUGUGGGUAUUUAAAAUGAAUGAUCUGUUGUACAGACUGAUUUGAUUUCUUAUGUAAAAAAAAAAAAGAAAUGUCUAGUUGUGACACUAUGUUUAGAUACCAUAGGGUCAGGUUGGUAAACCUGGGCCUGCUACAUACUGUUUUAAAUUCUUCUGUGUAUUUUUGUUACUUGAUCAUUUAUGUCUUUGUUUGAUUGACCUAAUAAUGAUCCAAACAUUCCUGUUUGUGUUAUCUGCAGCACUUUGUCUUUGGCUUUCCAUUUAUACCUCUCUCUUAGUCUCACUUACCAGCAGUAGGAGUAGAGGAACAAAAAAUGAUGACGUGAUAAAUGCAAUUGUGGAUAUUUUUGUAUUUUUGUCCUUAUUUAUUAAUGUUUGUUCAUCUCACUGUUUGAUUUCCUAAUUUAUUAUAACUUGGCUAUUUAUAUGAACAAAGCUGUUAGGUCAGUUGAAUGUUAUUUAUUACCCUCUUGUGUGUUCGUAAAUGGGGCAACAUUUGAAGAAAAAAAACAUUUUCUUUUCUUUUGGUCUGAAUUUAACAGAAUUAUGUGAACAUUGACAAGUCGCAAAUUCUCUUUUCUCUCACUUCUCUGAGGGAGAAAGAGAACUUGUGGGAACUCUUUGAAAAUUUGAUUUACCAGUAAUUUAAGAAUGUAGACUUAGCCUCUUUUUGGAGAGGGAAUAUGCUCUUCUAUUGAUAUUUGUCAGUUUCAUAAUAUUGUGCUUGUAGGCCAGGCCUGAAGAGAAGGACACCACAGACCCCAGUCUACUUCUCUUUGUAAAUAGACAGACAAACCGUGGGGGUUGAUUGUCUUCUCAACCAAGCUGGGGAUUCCUGCUCUAUGCUUUUAGCUUGUAUUGCUGUGUGCAUGUCAAACAUGAGCUUUUCUUUGCAUGGCUUUAGUGUUCAUGUUCCAUGCCAAACUCACUCCUUCUCUCAGCCUUCAUCGAUUCUCUCUACACAAAACUACCUUGACUUUUCACCCUCUCUGCUUUUAUCUCUGGCCUUUUUGUUUUUGUUCCCGCUGAUAUUUCCCUUCCUACUCCUCUUAUCUUGUGCACAAAGUUUUUGAACGAUGCUUCCUUUACUCUGUACCUCUCUCUGGAAGGCUCGGAGGUCUGGGCUCUCUCUACCUGUUGGUGGAAGAGGCACAGUGAGGGGAUAUCAGUACACAAACACAAAGCAAUACCCUAUUGUUCAUCCUUCUUUCUGUUUUCUACAAUGGGAAGCAAGCAGCACCAAGGACAUCCAAUGAUUCUGAGGCCCAGAGCGGUCUUUUGACAGAGCAGGACUGAUGUAAUCCCCAUAUGAAAUAACUGUGAGCAUCUUCAGUGCAGAAACAAAUAAACUCAUUAAGUUAUGGUG